AAAACUAACCUUGAUAUUCCGCGCCGUUUAAUGUUCCGUGAGAUGUAGUUGACUUUUUUCCGAGUUUUUCAAUGCACGGAUAUUUUUUUAAAUAACGUUCUAUUUUUGAAUUGUCGACCCGUUUCGAUCGGUCCACCGGAAGAUUGAGAUAUCCGUUCAUUGUUUUCCGCGACAAUAAUGAGGUAUUUUUUUAUUAGAGCUGUGACGAAAUCGUUGACGAUAGCCCUGGGUCUGUCGGUCUUCACCGUUACCGGAUACUUACUGUAUUUGUUGUUAAAAAAAGAGGAAGAUGACCUAUCGGACGUCUACGUUCACACCUCAAAAUUUAAGACCCUUGAAAUGCGUGUGCCGAAAGAUGUUGUUCGAAGUCUGAUCGGACGUAACGGAAGCAAUAUCAAACUAUUACAGGAACAGUCGAGCACGAGGAUCGGGUUUAAGGAUAGAGAAGGUGUAGAUGAAAAAAUCUGCGUUAUAAGAGGUUCAGUAGAAAACUGCUAUCUCGCCCAGAAUUUGAUACAAGAAUUUAUUAAUAACCAACCCGUGUUGGAGAACGAAGAUAUUUCGGUGCCCGUCGGUUGUAUAAGGAAAAUUAUCGGUCGAAACGGUGAUAAAAUUAAUGAAAUUAGGGGUUUGUCAGGUGCAAAGCUUACUGUCUGUGAGGAUGAUAAAGGAUUAACUUCAAAAAGAAUUUCUAUAAAAGGCACCAGAAACCAAAUAAAUGUAGCUAGAUCAUUGGUGGAGGAUGUGAUUCUAGAAUGUCAGCAUUCCCAGCGGAUUAUAGAGGACAGCCUGUCAAAGAGAGAGCCGAGGUGUCCCUCAAAAUCUCCUGAAAUAGUGAAAAGGAUUGAGGUUCCCAAAGUCGAAAGCAUGUCUCCUGUGCCAGGUCAACCUGAAACCCCGUUCGAAGUGUACGUAUCCGCGAUGGAGGACCCUUCGCGGUUUUGGUUGCAGAUCGUUGGCCCCAAAGCGACCAAACUCGACUGUUUGGUUGAGGAAAUGACCGAAUACUAUAACAACGUGGACAACCGAAGUCAACACUCCUUGGACGAUAUUAAUAAAGGGGAUCUGGUGGCCGCGGUCUUUCAAUACGACAGCAAAUGGUAUCGAGCGGAAAUUUUAGAUGUUAAGUACAAGGGCGAAGAAAAAAUGGCCGAACUCUACUACGUAGAUUACGGCGAUACAGAUAACGUGCCCUGUAAAGACUUAUUCGAGCUGAGGACUGACUUCCUUAGGUUGCAUUUCCAGGCGAUUGAGUGUUAUUUAGCUCGAAUAGAGCCGGUGGGCGAGUCGUGGUCCGAGGAGGCGAUCGAUCAGUUCGAGGAAUGGACGCACGUGGCGCAGUGGAAGAAACUGUCGGCCAGGAUCAAUGGUUACAGCGUCAAGGAGAAGAUGAGGGCUAAACGGGAAGGCUCGCCGAUCCCUGGCGUCGACCUUUUCAACGUGUCCGACAAUCAGGACGUGGAUAUCGCGGAGGAGUUGGUCAAGGCGGGUCACGCGGUAUUCAAAAAGGGUUCCGACUUAAGAUCCGCGAGCAGGACGACCAGCACGAGUAAUAUCAGCGUCGCUUCAAGUACUUAAUGGAUGCUGUAAUGUGUUUUACAAUCCUGGAAACCGUUGUGAUCCGAUACCUGAUAUCUUUAGAGCCUAUAGAUGAUUUAAUGUACAAAGUUUUAAGCCGCGAUAAGAUUGAAGCGUUUGAUAUUCUUGGGCAGAAUAAACUUUAAUAUUGAGAAAUAGGGGUUUCCGAAAACUCAAAACUUACCAAGCGAGUUCGCGGUUGUUUUAAAAGCAAACGCCACCACCUGAUUACACGUCCCGUAUAAUAUAUGUUGAUAUCGGCGUAUAGAUUCCUUGUUCUCUACAAUUUUGUAAUUUUGCAUAACAGAGAAACGCGCACCACAGUUAAUUUCAUUAAAAUUAAUAAAUAUUUAUUUUGCUA